UCUGUGAAAUGGCGGGGGACUUACAAAAUGGUGCAGAUUGGACUUUCUUGCCUUCUACUUUAAUAUAAAAGGAAGAGGGGCGUUGUUGAUUAUCUGGCUGUUUCCUGUCGAAUUAGGGGCACUGUAACCAGGGUUUGGGUUUUGAAGUAGUGGGUGUUUGACUUUAGAGUUGUUUUCCUGGAAGCGCUGAUACUGGACUUAGUGGAGAAGAAGGACGGUAUCAAUGUGUUUCUGGAUGACUGCCUGGACAAGGGAGUUCAGCUUUUGGGAGAUUGACUGGGCUAUGAAGUGUACCUUUCUACUCUGCAGAGGCUGGAAAGGCAAAAAUGAUGGCUAAGGCUUCCUUGCAGCCGCUGACACAGAAGCCUGAGGGAACACACUCCCCCUACGUCCUUCUCCAACACAGCAGAGCCAGGAAGGACCCGGAUGGAAGUUAGGACAAAGAGGCCCAGAAUUGGCACAGAUACCAACAGACCAUUCGUUGAAGAAGAAAUCCAAAUGGCCAUAAGAACCCCAGAGAUGAAAGGCCUCCUCCCACUGGCUUGGUUCCUGGCUUGUAGUGUGCCUGCUGUGCAAGGAGGCUUGCUGGACCUAAAAUCAAUGAUCGAGAAGGUGACAGGGAAGAACGCCCUGACAAACUAUGGCUUCUACGGCUGCUACUGCGGCUGGGGCGGCCGAGGAACCCCCAAGGAUGGCACCGAUUGGUGCUGUUGGGCGCAUGACCACUGCUAUGGGCGGCUGGAGGAGAAGGGCUGCAACAUUCGCACACAGUCCUACAAAUACAGAUUCGCGUGGGGCGUGGUCACCUGCGAGCCCGGGCCCUUCUGCCAUGUGAAGCUCUGUGCCUGUGACCGGAAGCUGGUCUACUGCCUCAAGAGAAACCUACGGAGCUACAACUCACAGUACCAAUACUUUCCCAACAUCCUCUGCUCCUAGGCCUCCCCAGCGAGCUCCUCCCAGACCAAGACUUUUGUUCUGUUUUUCUACAACACAGAAUACUGACUCUGCCUGGUUCUGAGAGAGGCUCCUAAGUCACAGACCUCAGUCUUUCUCGAAGGUUGGCGGACCCCCAGGGCCACACUGUGCCCUCCAGCGAGUCCCAGGAGAGUGACUCUGGUCAUAGGACUUGGUAGGGUCCCAGGGUCCCUAGGCCUCCACUUCUGAGGGCAGCCCCUCUGGUGCCAAGAGCUCUCCUCCAACUCAGGGUUGGCUGUGUCUCUUUUCUUCUCUGAAGACAGCGUCCUGGCUCCAGUUGGAACACUUUCCUGAGAUGCACUUACUUCUCAGCUUCUGCGAUCAGAUUAUCAUCACCACCACCCUUCAGAGAUUUUUUACGCAAGAAGAGACAAAUUGACUCUCUAAAUCUGGUGUAUGGUUAUUAAAUAAAAUUCAUUCUCAAGGCUAAUAAAAACCACAUUGGCAUUUUCCUCUGCUGUGGGGGAUCGCUGGUGCCUCUUUCUCUGCCACUGGGGCAAUAAACCCAAAGAUGUCUACAUUAUCUCAGAGACAGAAGGGAAGAUUAGUAAAUGCAGGGUUUUCUGGGAUGAGCUUCAGGCUUUCUCUUGGGCUAAUUUUCUUAAACCUUGGGGUCCUCUACAGUAUUGGGUCUCAUUCUUCCUCGAUGGGGUCAGGGAAAGAUAACUGGUGAUUAUGCCAGCUUCAGCUUCCAGGCCAGAGAGGGUGGCA